AUGGCAUUCGGAACGAGGCUAACACCGUCCUUGGACAAACCUGUAGCGGAUAUUACUCUUUAUCUGCAGAUGAUUGAAUCUUUAAUGUUUCAGGCGAAUCCUCAUGAGCCACACAUGAUUGCCAUAAAGAAUAUUUUGAGAUAUCUCAGAAGAUCAUCUUCUCUCGGAAUAUGGUAUCCUUCAAACUCCGGAUUCUUUGUGCAAUCCUUUUCGGAUGCUGAUCUAGGCGGAUGCGGUCUCGAUUGUAAAAGCACUUCCAUGGGAUGUCAGUUACUAGAUGGCAAACUAGUAAGUUGGCAAUCAAAGAAACAGACUUGUGUGUCCCUAUCAACUGCAGAAGUUGAAUACAUCGCAGUUGCAUCAUGCACUUCACAAGUCGUCUGGAUACAAAGCCAACUUCGAGACUAUGGUAUCAACAUGAAGAGGAUUCCACUCUACUGUGAUUCGUAA